CAAACGCACGGCUUUGAAUGAUCCGUUUGAAGGACAGAUGUGUGAAGCUGAGACGGCAUCAUGUGACAGCUUUGAACGAACCCAGGAGCUACUGACAUAAAACACAUCCGGCCAAUAAAUUUAAAUAACUUAAUAAUGAUAAUUUGCUCCCACAAUUAUCUAAUUACCAGUUUAUAUUGCCCUCGUCCUCCCGUGUUGGACUUUAACCAGCACUUACUACAACUUUAAGAAAUAAAUGACUUGUUUUUUUCUCUCCUGCAGGAAAUCACAUGGAGGUGCUCUUGUGCUCACAUGACAGGCUGAACCAUGGCAGGAGAGAUCAAUGAAGGUUCAGUUCCUGCAUAUUACAGGGAAGUGUACGAGGCAGUCCACUGCAGGACAGAUGGGCGAGUUCCACUUGAGGUUUUCCAGAGGCUGCUUCUGAGGACUGAUCUCUCCAAGGCGCUUUUGACCCAGAUUGCAGAGCAGGUCGACUCCUCGGACGGAUUCCUGAGCAAAUUGUCCCUCUAUAAAGCGCUGGCUCUGAUUGCUCUGGCUCAGCAGGGGAAGCAGCCCAGCGCCAAGCUGCUGGAGAACUGCAUACAAGAGUUACCCAAGCCUCAGCUCGGGGAUCCGAGGGACCUGGGCGCGCUGAGGAUGCAGCCGGCUCAGGAGGACGUGCUGACCGUGUCGCAGACGCUGGACAAGCUGCUGACCAGAGACACGGUGCAGGUGGAGCUCAUACCGGAGAAGAAGGGCCUGUUCCUCAAACACGUGGAGUACCAGGUCACCAGCCAGCGUUACAAGAUAUCAGUUUACCGGCGAUACAGUGAUUUCGAUGUCUUCCAUGAGGUCCUGCUUCAGAGAUUCGCCUACAGAGUUGUGCCCGCUUUGCCGCCGAAAAGGAUGCUAAAGGGAGUUCUGACGAACGUGUCCGAGCGGGAGUUCAUCGAGGGGAGGAGACGUGCGCUGUGCAGGUUCAUUAACCUGGUGGCCCGGCAUCCCUUCUUCUCAGAGGACGAGUUGGUCAAGACUUUCCUCACCUUCAACGGCUCAGAUGUUCAGACUAAGUUGCGUGACCAUUACAAGAAAACGGGUGACGAGUUUAUGACCAACAGAAUCGCAACUCUGGCAAAGGAGUAUCUCCCAGCUGACAUCCAGGCUCAGUUCUCCACCAGCAGAGAGAUGAUCAGGAACAUCCACAACAGCUUCCAGAAGCUGAGGGACCGGGCCGAGAAGAUGGCGGAGCGUUCCAAGGAGAACGCCACGGAUCUGCUCAUGUUUGGCCGAGAGCUCAGCACGCUGGGCUCAGACGCUUCGUCUCUCCCCUCGCUGGCCUCGUCGCAGAGCUCCUGGGGGACGCUCCGCCGGGCCCUGAAGAGCCUGUCGGUGGAGUUCGCCGUCUUGUCUGACAAAGCCGCCCAGCAGGGUCGACGGGAGGAAGACGAUGUUGUGGAAAAGCUGAAUCUCUUCCUGGAUUUGCUGCAGUCCUACCGAGACCUGUGCGAGCGCCACGAGAAGGGCGUGCUCCACGAGCACCAGCGAGCGCUGCACAAGUACGGCAUGAUGAAGAGGCAGAUGAUGAGCGCCACGGUGCAGCCCAAAGAGCAGGCAUCUGUGGAGCAGCUGGAGUCCCGCAUUAUUCAGCAAGAAAACGCCAUUCAGACCAUGGAGCUGCGCAACUACUUCUCCCUGUUCUGCCUCCACCAGGAGACGCAGCUCAUCUUCGCCUACCUCCCCAUCACCUCGCACAUCCUCGGGGCCUUCGUCAACUCCCAGGUUCAGGGACACCGAGAGAUGGGAGAGGUGUGGAACGAGCUGCAGCCGAAGCUCGGGUGUCUUUUUGGCGGCAAUAACGGGUUGAAACCUCCGGCCUGAACCCCGAACGCACACGAGACCCAGAAGAAGAGAAACACUGCCGCUGAUCAGAACGGCAAACUGGAAAAUAAAACAAAGCUCUGUGAGCCGAAGCAAAGCAAACACAAAGCAGAAAGCACACUUCCUCUUUUUUACACAUUCCAUUCAGAGAUUUAGGUUUUUUUUUUUUCUAUUCCAGAGCCGUGGAGAACAUGCGUGAUAUCAAGACUAUGUUAGCCUAAAGUGUUAUUUUACCAGAAAUGCAAAGCUGACAGUUUAUUCACACUUGUAAAAAGUUUUACACACUAACAUAUCAGAGAUGAACUCAGAGGGACGGAAAGUUUGACUUUAAUCAUCUUUGCUCAUUGAGGUUCUACUCACUGAAUAACUUUAGACUAAUGUAUUUUUGAUACAGAGUUGACUUUAUAAGGAUGUUUAUCUUCAUAUUUUGUACUUCAUUUUCUGCAGGGCUGCAUCUUUUCUGCUUGAGCUGUUCACAAGAUUCCUCUAAUUUUUUUUUUUUUUUUUUUAUUCCAUAAGCUAUUUUAAAGGCCUCCGACUGUAAAUGCUUCAAGAAGAGAUUUAUGGGUAAAAUAAUCAGCCGUGGCACUAAUGACUUAAGUCAGUGAUAACACUAUAAGCUAUCGACUUACAGUAUUACCAAAGAUAAAUGAGCACGGGAAAGAGAAUUCCUCUGCAGAUUCAAUUAAAAAUCCACCUUUUUUUUUCUCUUUAGCUUCACUUUACGCUGAUUUACUUGACGACACGAGAACGAACCAUUUGGAUGUCGUCAGAUUUCAGUCAGAUUACUCAGAUAUUUCAGGACGUUUAAGUCUUGUAUGUCAACACAGUUGAGUUUUGAUUCAAGAUGCUUUCUUUCAAACACACUGAAAAGACUGAAACUGACAGAUCCAGACCAGAGAACAUAUCAUCGCUCAUAUUUAAUAUAAAUGCUGUACAUACAGUAUGAAACACUUCUUUUUUCUUUUUUGGCAUUCACUUUAACUUUGACCUGAAAAAGCUGCACAGAAUAUGAAACCCAACAGAGUAACGGCUGUAGAUACUGUAAAUAUGGCAAUGAAGAGGUCCUAAUUGUUGCAGAUCAAUUCUAAUAAAAUGAGGAAUGAACAUUU